CUAACGUCCUGCUUACCAUGUCUUGUUUGCACAGAAGGCGUUGACAAGUUGGUACGAAAAACUUUCCCUUGUUGCUAAUUUGCCGUUGUUGGCAAGCCGGAUUCCUUGUUGGCGCGAAGGGCAAGCUGCAAGCCGAUCGCAACUGUAGGGCCAAGGAUUUCCAUAUUAGCUGUGCUAAGUCUAUGCCGAUAUGGACGGAGCAGCAAGCGGGCAAGGCGCUGCGGCUCAUGGCUCGGCCCCAAGCAGCUCUGGGCCCUCGCUUAUCGGCACGCACGACCACACACGCCUAUGGCUACAAUCAAAGCUUGCCGGUGACUGGAGCGCCCAGACUGGUGCCAGCGGCAUGACGGAGGAGCGCCUUCAUGCUCUGAUGCGCACAUUUGGCAGCCUGGACAGCAUGGUUAAGGUUAGGUUGCUGCUCGCCGGCCUGUUCGUGCCGCGCCCUGAGCGGCCGCGGCUGCAGCCGCUGCUGCAGGAGCUUUCCACUCAGGCCGCAGGCAGCCAGGAUGAAUGGGUGCGCGCGACUGCAGCUGCGGUGGGCGACUUCAGCGGUCCGCUAGACAUGCGCGCGCUCAUGGCACAUUUCCCGCUGGUUCGAGACACCAUGACGGGCCUCAGCGCCCAGCUCUCCGACCUCACCACCCCAGCGGCCCUGCUGCCUCAGUCGGAGCCCUACAUGCACCAAGACAUCAGCCGCCUGCCCCAGCCCCAGCCCCCGCACGACCCCACCUCCUCCGCACCCUCCACCUCCUCCGCACCCUCCUCCGGACCGCACUUUCGUCUGCGUCAGCCGCCCGCCACCACCCUUCCCGACCUGGGUUUGCUUCCCGGGCCGCAACCCGGCAGCAGUGGACAGCCGGGGGCAGCGGGUCGGGGGG